CGCUCAGUCAGUCAGAGGCAGGCGGACUGUGAGCCACAUCCAGAUCUCCUCCAGCUCUCUACACCUGCAGAUCCACCAGAGAACAACACAAAUACAAAUAAAUCAAGAACCCAAAGCCAAACAAACAUGGACAACGUCUAUGACACAGUGGAUGAGGGAAGCGCGCACCAGGAGCGCAGAGAUGGAGCGGAAAGCCCCGAACGGGAGCCCGAACACCAGAGCUCAGGUGAGGCGACGGUGCGUCUGGACAGCGAGGUGCUGGUCCACACCUCCGCGGAGGGAGAGCGCAGCUCGCCGGACUACAUGGACACCAGGGACGAGGUCAAACGGAGCAGCUCUUCCUCUUCACCGGAGCCGGAGCCGGUGGUGGAGGAGGAGGAGGUGGUGGAGGCGCACGGAGGAUCCAGGCGCUCCUCCUCAGCAUCCUCCGAAGCACCUGGAGACCCGUGCGACGACCCGCCGGUCCAGGAGGAAGAUGAGGCGGGAGAUGAAGAGCUGGUGAUGUCUUACACCCUCCAAAGCACCGACACCUCGCCGGAGGAGACCGUCGACUACAGCCUGAAGACUCUGGAGGAGGUCACUCUGGAGGAGGUCACUCUGGAGGAGGUCACUCUGGAGGAGAGCAGCGCUGCGCCGGCGGAUCCCAGCCAGCCGGACAUCUCCCUGUUCGUCAAGGCCGGCAACGACGGGGAAAGCAUCGGCAACUGUCCCUUCUCCCAGCGUCUCUUCAUGAUCCUCUGGCUCAAAGGAGUCGUGUUCAACGUCACCACCGUCGACCUCAAAAGGAAGCCGGCUGAUCUGCACAACCUGGCUCCGGGAACGCAUCCUCCUUUCCUGACCUUCAACGGAGAAGUGAAGACCGAUAUCAACAAGAUCGAGGAGUUCCUGGAGGAAAUGCUCUCUCCUCCAAAGUAUCCAAAACUAGCCGCCAAGCAGAGAGAGUCGAACACAGCUGGAAACGACAUCUUCGCCAAGUUCUCAGCCUACAUCAAGAACACCAAACCAGAGGCCAACGCUGUUCUAGAGAAAGGUUUGACCAAGGCCCUGAAGAAGCUGGACGACUACCUGAACAGCACCCUGCCAGAUGAGAUCGAUGCCGACAGCAUGGAGGAGGAGAAGGGCUCCAGUCGGUGCUUCCUCGACGGCAGCGAGCUCACCCUCGCAGACUGCAACCUGCUGCCUAAACUGCACAUAGUCAAGGUUGUCGCUAAGAAGUACCGCAACUACGACAUCCCCUCCGACAUGUCGGGGGUGUGGCGGUAUCUGAAGAACGCCUACACCCGCGAUGAAUUCACCAACACCUGCGCCGCCGACGCCGAGAUCGAGACCGCCUACAAGGACGUGGCGAGGAGAUUGGCCAAGUAACACGCCAACCGACCCGAGCUGAAAACAAGAUAAAUUACUAUUUCAACACACAUGUGACUGUCCCUUUUGAGUCUUCUUCAGUGGCAUUUUCAGGAUCCAGGAAUAUUUUUUUUUGUCGUGUCAGACGUUGCAGAUGUCGGGGCUUACAGGCUGCCUGCUGUACGGCUGUAUACGGUGUUUCAAUGACGGAAACAGACGCGGAAAAGCAGACGUGGAGCGGACGAUAAAUCAGGCACAUUUAACGUAACUCACAGGUUUUAGACCACAUUCAAAUUGUUCUGCUGUGAAACGUCUCACACAACACUCUCACUCAUUGUGUCCCGUCAGUCUGUUAUUCAUUCCUCACAACAUGAAGUUCUCUUUCAUACGUCCUCCAACUUUCCGCACGGCCAAACAUUUUUUACAAGCUGCUGAUGUCAGGGUCCUUCUCUUUAUUUAUUCCUCAGCCCACAGAAGUCCAGUCUGACUCCAGUGUUCAUUACAACGCUUUGAUCCAUCUGUGAUUGAUGAUUGGCGCUAAUUAUUUCGUUUAAUGUGAAUGUUGCGAUCCGCAGAUUCAUUUCGAUUGUCACUACUGUAGGUGUUGCUGUAUUUGUUUUGUUUCCUCGAGCUUGUACGCAUCUUGAAAUUCACUCCUGCUUCUGAAAGAUUGAUUUGAAAGAGAGAUGAUUGAUUUUUAAUAGGUUAAAUGCUUGAUGCUGUUAUAUUUAGCUAACAAGGACAAUGAUAGCUUAGAACAAAGCUUGUUUCUGAUUCGUUUUUCAUGCAUGAAUCUGUUUAAAAUUGUAAGAAUUUAAGAGAUCCUUUUCAAGAGAUGAAAAACCCUCAACUAUGUGCCUUUAGUUGGAAUAAUCAAAAAUCCAUGCCAAUGUCACUGAUGGACUCAUUCUGAUAAAAAAUGUAUUGCAGCCUGAGCUGAGACAUUUGUUCCGCCUCUAGCUAUUAGUGUUCAGUGUAGGUAUUGAUUUUGUCUACAGUUACACAUGAUUUUUAUGAACGGAGAGAGUAUUUAUUUAGCAGCCCCAAUCAGGCCUGAUUAGCUAGAAGCAUUAGAGCUGCGAUGAAAAGCGUCUUCCAGGGCCAGGUCAGCGAUGGUCUGGAGCUCUGCCCUCCAGCCCUUCAUCAAAAGAGACAUUUCCUCCGCAUCCACGGAGGCUGAAGUUCCAGAAAAAGUCUCAGUGUCCACGCAGCGGCGGAUGGAAAUUUGUCUCGGGGCUUAUCGUCUUUGGCCCGAUGUCAGGCUGCAACUAUAGCGAGACUUCCUUGAAGAACCUUGUGUGGUUUGGACAAAACAUACGAUAUGAAAUCGGAGCAUGAUGACUGAGAGCCUUGCUCCACACAAAUAAAAUAAUAUUUUCACA